AUGUUCUCUUCACUUCUUGGCUUGUGUCUUGUCGCUACUCUUGUUGCUGCAGGGCCGUGCGACAUUUAUUCGUCUGGAGGGACGCCAUGUGUUGCUGCCCAUAGUACAACACGAGCACUCUACAGCUCUUUUUCUAGCUCGCUUUACCAAGUGAAGCGUGGCUCAGACGGAGCGACUACCAAUAUCGCCCCGCUUUCGGCGGGUGGUGUAGCCAAUGCGGCAGCCCAAGAUUCUUUCUGCUCUGGGACGACCUGUCUAAUCACCAUCAUUUACGACCAGUCUGGCCGCGGCAACCACUUAACCCAAGCUCCCCCGGGUGGAUUUAACGGCCCAGAAUCCAAUGGCGCUGACAAUCUUGCGUCUGCCAUUGGUGCCCCAGUCACACUCAACGGACAAAAAGCAUACGGUGUCUUCGUUUCGCCAGGAACUGGGUACCGUAACGAUGCUACGAACGGGAUCGCCAAGGGUGAUGCGGCAGAAGGCAUGUAUGCUGUCCUCGAUGGAACACACUUCAAUGGGAGCGCUAAUCAUGGUAGGGCUGUUGUUUUGACUACGGCAAUGCUGAGACCAAUAAUCGAGACACUGUUACCUCUAGGAAAUGGACAUAUGGAGGCAAUAUACUUUGGAAACAACAAUGUGUGGGGCACGGGCUCCGGAAAUGGCCCUUGGAUUAUGGCUGAUCUCGAAAAUGGCUUGUUCUCUGGACAGGGCACCAAGCUCAACUCGGGCGAUCCUACUCAGACAUCCCGGUUCAUCACGGCCGUUGUCAAAGGCCAACCUGGAUUAUGGGCUAUUCGCGGGGGAAAUGCUGCUUCUGGCUCUCUGUCAACUUACUACAGUGGAGGUCGGCCUACUGUUGGUGGGUACUCGCCUAUGUCCAAAGAGGGAGCAAUUAUCCUUGGAAUCGGUGGGGACAACAGUAAUGGUGCCCAAGGCACUUUCUACGAGGGUGUGAUGACGACUGGGUACCCUUCCGAUGCGACGGAGAACUCCGUCCAAGCAAACAUCGUCGCGGCUGGUUAUGCAACGACUUCACUUGUCAGUGGACCUUCAAUCAGUGUUGGCUCUAGCGUCUCCUUCCGCGUAACAACUCCCAACUUCAAUACUCGUUAUAUUGCCCAUAAUGGCACUGCUGUCAACACCCAAGUCGUCAGCUCCUCCAGCUCCAAUGCGCUCAAACUCUCCGCCAGCUGGAAUGUGGUUAGUGGUCUGGCCAACAGUGGAUGCAUUUCUUUCCAGUCUCGGGACACCUCCAACAGCUACCUUCGGCACUUCAACUUCGCUCUGCAAGUCAACUCCAAUGAUGGCUCCCAGACUUUCCGCGAAGACGCGACGUUCUGUCCACAAGCAGGUUUGAACGGACAAGGAAACACUAUUCGCAGCUGGAGCUACCCAACACGAUUCUUUAGGCAUUUCAACAACAAUCUUUUUAUUGCCAGCAAUGGCGGGGUCCAUGACUUCGACAACACAGCUUCAUUCAACGAUGACAUCAGCUUUGUGGUGACCGCCGCCUUUGCCUAA